AGGCUUUAACUGAGUUAUCAAAGUCUUCUGACGUCGCGACAGCUCCCAACGAAUAGUGAGUGUCUGGUAUGAGUUCGCUGAUCAGACGUUUUUCAUGUUUACAACCAUCGCAAGUGUACGUCUUGUCUUGAAGAGAUCAAGAGAUCAGAUGCGUGAUCCUAUCCCUGCCGUUGGACAGGGUGGCUGGACUCGAACGAAGAGUCAGAGAGAUGCUCUACCCGGAGAGCGUGCGCGCGCGAUACUGACAAGAACAACCUAUGGUACCCUGCUGACCAACAGCCCAUGCUACUCUGCUGACCAAGCCUGGGAAUGAGCCGCUGGGCUCUCCUCUCCUAUGCCAUGUCCGUGGGACCCCUAUUCCACCGUGGACAUGAUCUGCCAGCAGAACCAUAUGCCCAUGCACCAAACCCACCAGACUAAGAAAUCAACUCGGAAGCCCGACCUCACGAUUCUUUCUUUGAAUAACGCAUGUGCUCUCUUCCAGGAUGAGAAGCGCGGCAAGAAGGAUAAACAGACGGGCACACAAAAGAACGACGAGAAGGACGACGAGCAGCGCAAUACGAAGCUCAAGGCUCAUAUGGACACGAGUGCAACGGCAAAACCGAACAAUCACCUCUGGAAAGAUGUUCUAGCUUGCAUCGAGUUCAAGAGAAAGACGCCAGGGAUGACGAAAGGGAUUAAGCCACCGCUCUCUACGUAUACAGUGACAGACCAUGUCCCUACCAACUCAGAAUAUUUGCCAGUGGAUCAUCUUAAGGCUGAAGUCCCUACGCCAGGCCCUUUGCAGACCCCAGCAACACAACUUGUGUCCGACGCUGCACCAGUUCGGUCUUCGGGCCUUACUGCCGCUCAGCCUUCCCCGGGCGGGUCCAGCUCCAAGCGCAAGAUCACGGACACUUUGGAAUCCGCCGCGAAAAAAUCCAAGAUGAACCCCGACGACACGGACGCAGAUCUAGAUGUUACCAUCCAAACAGGUCUGUACGCUGCCGAAAUUUUUGCGCCCAAUCUUGGAGUCAAUUAUUUCCUGAACAUUAUCGUCGUCGACGAUGUGAUAUGGAUCUGGUAUUAUGACCGGCAAGGGAUCGUUCAAUGCUCAGGUAUUCAAGAUCUCCCGCAAUUUAUGGUGCUGUUGUAUGCUUUACAACGCUUCAAGGUUCACGAUUGGGGCCAAAACAAGGACCUCAUUCCAGUUCCAGUUCAGGGGAAACGAUGCAAGGAAUUCAAUAUCCAGGAUAAAGAACUCGGAACGGUGGAUCUGUUGCUUCACACCAGCCACGACGAGAGAGUGACGCACUACGGACCCCAAGGACGGGCCACCAACUUGGUUGCUGUUACUAGCGAGGCACUCACGAAUAAAUACGGUAACCUCCGGGAUGGGAUGGUGGCCAAGAUAUUUUUGGGAGAGGUAAAUCGCACUAGCGAGUCGGAGAUCCUGAAAAGGGUUGAAGAGAUCACUAAGAGGCACGCAACUGUCCAAGACCAUGUUCCUGAGCUCCUUUGGCACCACACGUUUACGAAUCCCGCAUCUGUCAUCCGGGAAGUGCUGGGUGUUCCAGACUCCAACACGGGCAUUCGCGUGCUCUACAUUCUUCUAUUUCGGAAGCUCAAGCCAAUCAUGGAGCUUCAGGGCAAAGAGCUUUUCGACGUCUGGCAUCAGUGUAUCUUGUGCCACCUUACUCUGUGGAAGGAAGGGGUCUGUCAUCAAAAUAUCAGCCCUGGAAACCUGAUGUGGUACUGGAAAGACGGGAAACAGAUAGGCGUUUUAAACGACUACGAUCUAUCCUCGUUGGCGGAUGACCCAGGACCUCGGGGCAACAAACGCACCGUGCUGGUGCCGUUCAUGGCGCUCGAUUUUAUCAUUAGAGAGGGUCAACAAGGCAAAGUGAAACACCUAUAUCGCCAUGAUCUAGAGUCGUUUAUGUGGUGUUUCGUCUGGAUUUCCUUGCGUUACGAGAAUGGAGUCCUUCUACCACGGAGAUUGCGCCCCUUCGAUGAAUGGGCGACCUUAGACGCUGGCAUGACAAAGUACUGUUUUCACCGUUUUAGAACGCUUCCCGCGUGCUUGCCCACAAAGCCACUUAUGUGGCGUUUCCUUGUAGCCUGUUUGAAUGUGCUUCAUCCAGAACCAGACUCAUCAACAGAGGUAGACGAGCUUACUGUGACCAAUACCGAGGAAUCAGUAUCAGAUAUUGAUAAUUUGCUAGCCAAAUUCACAGCUACUCGGGCCUGGGCUACGCUCAGCAGCCCUUCAUUUUCACAGUGAUUUUACACUACAUACUAUUUAUGUUUGAUACCUGCAUCAGUUGCCCAUGUGCCCCUCGUCUCCUGUAGGCCUCCAACUCGAGUAGAUGAAUA